AUGUCGGCCCCCUCCCGUAACAUGGGCUCCAAGCUCCCUCUCUUGAUGACCACGGUGGCCGCGGCCGGCCUGGCCGGCGUCGGCCUGGCCGUGUGGAACACCCCGAAGAAGUACCCGGCAGUCUUCAACCGCAGCGGCUCCGCACACCACCAUGCGCACCACCACGCCUACCAGCCGGCCACCAUGGACACAUACAUGAAUUACCACCCGGCGUCGAUGGCCAACCAGCAUGCCCUGCCGAUGCAGCCGGGCCACUCGCCCGCCCUGGCCACCCAGCAGCAGCAACAGCGCCCGGCCAUGAUGACCCCCCAGGCCAUGCCGGCCCAGGCUCGGCCCGCUCCCGCCGGGGCGUACGCCCAACAGGCCACCCCCGGCCCGAGUGCGACCCCCAUGCCGGCCCAGACCCGGGGCUACCCGGCGCAUGUGCGCGAGGGCAUCGAGAGCGGCAUGCGCUCUUCCGCGACGGCGGCGGCGGCGGCAACCGGCUCCGGAGUGCAGUAUGUCCCUUCGUACUAUUCCGAGUCGGCUGCCCCCAUGCAGGCCGCCGGUCCGGGAGCCGCCAUGCGUCGGAUGGAGAACUCCAACCAGCUGCCAAACACCCUGGGCUCGCUGGACUGCGCCAGCCAGCCCAUCCAGAAUGUGGCCGAGCCUGUGGACAACUUCGCCCCCCAGGACUCCCUGGUCCAUGUCCAAGCGGAUGGCCGUCCGGGCUCGGUCCCGGCCACCUACGAAGCCUGGAGCAAGGGCCAGCCCGAGGAGCCCGGCUACCGUGGCUACCUGAACCGCGCGGCCGAGCGGGCCGCCGACGACGCCCAGGUGGGCUACCCGACCGAGGGCAGCCUGACAGCCGCCUUUCGCCGCGCCGGGGACGCCAUCAAGUCCACCUUCUCCGAGACCAUCGAGGCGCCAACCUACUUCCGGGACUUCUUCACGGGCGAGGACGCCGCCCAGCAGGUGGUCCCCACCGGGGCCCCGGUGUCCCGGUGGGCCGGCUUCAAGGACCGGCUGGCGCAUUUGCGCGAUGACCGGCCCAGCAGCCGGCCCGGCAUGCUGGAGGCCCUGAGCGCCGAGGCCAACCAGGCCGCCGACCGGGCCUACGCCGACUGGCACCACGCCAAGGGCCGGCUGCUUGAGGAGCUCGGCCGGCUGGAGACCAAGCUUUCCGGCAUCUCCGACCGCUUGGUGACCCUCGGCUCGUCGACGUCCACCAUGAAUGAGAGCACCCUGCCCACGUCCCGGCGCCUGGAGGCCGAGUUGCGCGAGGACAUCAAGCGCAUGAAGGCCAGCAUCGAUGAGGCCGCUCGCCAGGCCGGGCAGAACAUCGCCCGCAUCGGGACCGGCGGCAGCCUUGAGGCUCGCCGGGCGGAGGCCCGCCUGCAGGAGGAGAUCCGCCGCAGCUCGGCCGCCCUGCAGGGGGAGCUCGACAGCAUGGGAAAGAGCUGGCUGUCGCAUGUCCAGCGGGACUUGGACACCCUGCGCAAGGCGGCCGACCAGCGGUCCCUGGCCGAGGCGGCCCGCCGGGCGGAGGAUCGUGCCCACUUGGGCACCGCACAGGCGGCCGAGGCCAUGCAGGAGACGGCUCGCGCCGCGCGGGCCUCCGUCAGCACCGCCAUGGACCGGGCCUCUUCCGGCAUUGACCGGGCCGCGAGCAAGGCCGCCGACACGGCCGAGAGCCUGGUGCGCUCCGGCCGCCAGGCGGUGGAGGAGGUCCAGACGGCUGCCGCCGGCAUGGUCGCCGGGGCCGCCGGCGGCGUGGCCACGGCCGCCAAUGCCGUGGCGGAGGCCGCCUCCAAGACCGCCGCCGCGGUGGCCCCGGCCCCGGCCCCGGCCCCGAGCCUGUGGGAACGCAUCAUCGGCAGUGCCCCGGAGCCGCGCAGCGUCCGGGACCCGGAGCAUGAGGCCCAGCAUGCCCGGGCCGAGGCCGAGGCCGCGCUGCGUCGCCAGGCCACCGAGCACAAGCACCAGGCGCAGGCCAUCUCGGCCGAGGCCAAGGCCGCUCAGAUCAACGAGCACCAUGCCCUGGAGGCCAUGGAGGAGGCGCGGCGCCUGCAGCAGCAGUCCCACGAGCUGGCGGCCGGCCAUCACCACGCCCCCGCCGGCGGCCCGGUUCACAUGCCCCCCUCGGGCGGCAUGGCCUCGACGGCGGUCUACCAGCCGCUGUCGGCCAGCCCCAGCCCGGGGAUGAUGCCAGUGGCCCCGGUGUCCCCCGGCCGGGCACACACCGCCGAGGAGGCCCGCCAGGCGGUCGAGCGCCAGCGUGCCCUGGAUCUGGCAGCCGACGAGAAGGAGCGCACUUUGCGCGAGAGCCUGGCCGAGGCCGGCCACCAGCAGACCCUCGCGCGCCAGGCACAGCGCUCGCAGAAUGAGGCCUUCCGCCAGACGCUGGAGUAUGACCUGUCGCCGAAGGAGGCCGAUCGCCUGCGCGAAUCGGUCAGCAAGGCCGAGCGCGAGGCCACUGUGGCCCGGGAAAAGUACAUGGCCGCCCUGGAUCGCGAGAAGCGCGAGCAGGCCCGCUGGUCGGAGGCCACCCGGCGCCGGGCCAUCCAGGAACGCGAGGCCAUCCAAGCGGCCGAGGCGGCGGCCCUGGCCAAGAACCGCGGCCAGGCGGCCGCCCUCGCCGCCGCGCAGACCGCCGCCACCUGGCAGAAGCUCGAGCAGGAGGCCCUGAUCUCCGAGUCGAAGGCCCUGGAAGCGGCGCGUAUCCUGUCGGAGGCCAAGGACGCGGCCCUGCGUCGGGCCCGUGCCGAGCAUGAUUUGGCCCAGGUCCGUCAGCAGGCGGUUCGCGAGGCGGCCCAGCGCGAGGCCGAGGCCAAGCGCCUGGCCAGCGCCAUUUCCGAGGUGAAGGGCGAUGCCCUGCGCCGGCUGAGCAGCUCGGAGAAGGCCCUGGCCAGCGAGCUGUCCAAGCACCAGACCGAGUACGAGCGCACCCUCAAGCAGCUGGAGGCCCAGAAGCGCGCCAAUGAGGAGGCCCUGCUCCGCGAGCGUGAGGCCCUCGAAUCGGGCAAGCGUCAGGCCGCCGCUCGAGCCACCUCCCAGCAGGAGAUCGCCCGGCUGGAGCGGGCCGCCGCGGACAUCCGCCAGCGCGAGGACCUCACCCGCCAGCAGAUGGCCCUCACGGCUCGGCAGCGCAAGGACCUCCUGGAUGAGGCGGCCUCGCGCGAGGCUCGCGCCUUGAAGACCGCCGAGAUGGAGCACGCCACCCGGGUGGAGCUGGUCCGCCAAUCGGAGGAGGUGGAGGCGCGCGUGCGCCAGAACGAACUGCGUGACGCCCAGGAGCGCGCUCGCCUGGAGGAGCAGGCCCGCAUUGCUCGGGCCGAGGCGGAGGAGAAGAAUCGCGCCCUGCGCCGGGCCACCGACGCCGCCCCGACCAUGGUCGGCACCGGCUCCACCGUGGCCGCCGCCCCGAUCGGGCCCACCACCGUGGCCGAGAAGCCCAAGCGCUGGAGCCUCUUCAAGUGGCGCAAGGAGGACCCCCCGGCCGCCGAGGUGAUCGCUGCCCCGAUGCCGGGGGUGGCCGUGCCGCCGCUGGCCAAGACCGCCGGCGCUUCAUCGGUCGUCGCCCCGGCCACUGGCAUUGCCACCGCCACCACCGCCGGCGCCGGCGCCGCCGCCGCCGCCAAGAAGACCACCACCGAUGAGCAAAUCGCCGCGGCCGUGAAAGCGGUCGAGACCCAGGCCCGGCGCUUUGACACUCGCCGUGUGUGCUCGCAGCUCCCGGGCGGCGUGACGCAAUGCCUCCUGCUGGAGGAGACGCCCGGCCGGCCGGUUGGCACGGGCUCCCGGUGCCUGGGCGUGGAAUACGUCAUCAAGGAGGACACCUUCGCCCGGCUGCCGCUCGGCGAAAAGAACCUGUGGCAGCGCCGCGCUGAUGGCACCUUCGCAAAGACCAUUGGAACGUGGCCGGUGCACUCGGACGCCUACACCAACGGAGAUGCCUUGGCUCAUAAUGUCCCGCUCGGCAUGCCCCAGAUGCUGCAAAUGACCGCCCACAAGGCGGACUCGGCCACGGUCAAGACGAUGCCCGCGCCCAGCCACGAGCCCCUGUACUCCGGCGGCAACACGCGCCUCGGCAAGCACUCAGACAUUGCGGGUGAUGCGUGGGCCGGCGGCGCCGCCCACAGCGGCGGAAUGGGCACCCCGGAGGGCGGCGCCCGGACCAUGUGA